CGGAUUCCAUUUCAAGACGCGAGACCUGGACUUGGCUGCAACUGGUCACAGGUGGCUGCACAGCUACCGGCUGCUCAAUAAUGCAUUGAGUCGAGCUCAGGAAUGAGAAAGUGAGUGGGUCUGUUAGCAGGAGAAAGUGGGAGCAAUUCAUCCGGGAAGAACGCAGCGAGCGGAGAAGCCGUCGCCCCAAAAAAGUGGACUUAAACCAAGUUUCAUCCCUUGGUGUCACCAUGGUGAACACUGGCCUGCAACUGAUCAGCUUCACCUGUGCCGUGACCGGCUGGAUCAUGGCCAUAGCCGUCACCGCCUUGCCCCAGUGGAAGGUGUCGGCCUUUAUCGGCAGCAACAUCCUGACGUCAGAAAUCAAAUGGGAGGGCAUCUGGAUGAGCUGCAUCUACCAAACCACAGGUCACAUGCAGUGUAAGACGUACGACUCCAUGCUGGCCUUGCCGCCAGACAUCCAGGCCGCACGUGCCCUCAUGUGUUUGGCCAUUUUCAUGGGUUGGCUCUCCUGCACCGUGUCCUGCUGCGGCAUGAAGUGCACCACCUGCGCCGGGGAUGACCGCCAAGCCAAGGCGGCAAUCGCGCUCUCCGGCGGGAUUCUUUUCAUCCUGACGGGCCUGUGUGUUCUCGUUCCCGUUUCCUGGACCGCUAACACAGUCGUCCAGGAUUUCUACAACCCCAACGUGCCCGUGAUGCACAAACGAGAGCUGGGUCAGGCUAUUUACCUGGGCUGGGCCGCUGCGGUUAUUCUGAUGAUCAGUGGAGCCGUGUUGAGCAGCACGUGUCCCCUGACGGAGAGGGGCGGCGGGUACCGGAGGGGCUACAUAGGCCGCAGCUUUGCUAAUUCGCCUGCUUCUGCUCCGACUCUACCAAAAACCAUCACAUCCACCAGUCUGCCACUUAAAGAGUAUGUGUAGGGGGAGAGCACAUUCAAGUUACCGUGAUUAAUAUUUGAAUUCAUCCAUUUUUUGCCUGAUUGAUGUAUUUAAUCGGCUUGUCUUCAUGAUUUAACAUAGUGCCUGUUACAUCACAACAAAAAACUGUAUGAUGGCUUGUUUUACGACAACUUACUUUCCAUACACUUUGAA